UCUUAGUAUUGAGCAGGGGAGGGAGCUGGCACAAUCCACGUCUUGCGUUUUGGGGAGGGACUUUCAGAAAACAGGCUGCAUCCUGAAUUGCUCCACAGCGGCUUUUUUAUGUUUUGAAGUUACUCCUGGAUUCUAGACGUGGGAUCUCUCGAGCCUGGAGCGUGGCUCGUUCGCGAGCCGAAGAAUCGAGGACGAGCGGGCGGGCAAACGUGAGCGCGUCUGGCGUUAACUCUUUGCGGGAGUGCAAGAAACAGGCAUUUCUGAUUCCCGUGCUUUCUCCGGGCCGGUGCGGGUGGGACUGGGAGAAGCGACGCCGAAGUAACGACCGCAGCCAAGACCUCGAGCGCGGAUCGCAACCAUGGUGAAAAUCGGUUUUCAGCAGCCGGCGGCUGGGUUCAAGCCGGACAAGGAGGCAGACUCUCUGGGACCGGGCAAUGGAGCCAAAGCAGAAAUCCUUCUGCCCCAGGACGUGGAGGAGCAGUGCUUUCCUUCACCUGUGCGGAGCAGGAGAUCUCUUAGCCACAUCUUCUACUUGGCCAUGAUCCUGAUGCUGUUGUUCCUUGGCUUGAUUUUAACUUCAAUGUAUAUCUACAGAUAUUUCUCCUUUGCUGACUCAGUUACUGACUCUGUAACUGCCUUAGACAUGCUUGACUUAGAUUAUAUAGAGUGGGAGUGUGAAAUUAUCUUUGAAGAUGACUUUGACUUGCAAUUGAAAGAAGAGCUGAAACUGCACGAAGAUGUGAGGAUUAAUUUGGAGGAGGAUUAUGAGCGGAUCAACGUCUCAGCACCCCAGUUUGGUGAAAGUGAUCCUGCAGAUAUUAUUCAUGAUUUUCAGAGGGGGCUGACAGCUUAUCAUGAUUUAGCCCUGGAUAAAUGUUACGUCAUUGAACUGAACACCACCAUUGUCUUGCCACCUCAAAAUUUUUCAGAGCUGCUGGCUAAUUUAAAGAAAGAGGCUUACCUGCCACAUACCUACAUAAUCCAAGAAGAGAUGAUAGUGACAGAAUAUGUCACUGACAUGGACCAGCUCGGCUCUUUCAUAUAUCGCCUGUGCCAUGGCAAAGAAACCUACAGGCUGAAGCGUCGGACUGCAAGGAGACAUAUUCAUCGACGAGCUACUGAGAAGUGCCAUCACAUCCGCCACUUUGCAAACACCUUUGCGGUGGACACAGCAAUUUGCCAGGAAUCGUGAGAGCUGCUGUCCAGAUGUAACCUUCUAGGCUUUGCUUCUACUCAUCCUCAUAGGUGCUCUUGCUCUCUUCUUGAGAGAAUUGGCACAACUUUUCUUCUUGCUCCCACUGUUUGUGCAUUACUAACUCUUCAGGUUGCUUGUGGUCAAACAGUGGACCUGUGAUGUCUCUAUGUUGCAUUUGCUUCUUUCUGUUCAUACUUUGCUGGGUAUAAAUUUGUCCAUUACCCCCAAAUGGCUUCGGCAAAUGGGGCGGCAUAGAAAUUUUUAAGUAAAUAAAUAAUAAAACAGUAAGCAAAGGGUUUCCCUUGUGAAAACCAGCACAAUAAUCUCAUCUGAGAGUACACAGUGCCCUCUGAGAAGUGUGGGGAUGAGGAGAGAGGGAUAAGGAGGGAAAGGUAAUGAAUGCCUUUAGCUUUCUCAUCAGUGCUGAAUGUGGCAACUGCCACUACCUUGUAAGGAGAUCCCUUUGCACAGAAAACCUUUUAUAUAUAUCAAUUUAGUAUUAACAAAAAAAACCACUAUAAAAUUAAUUCCCUAAAGGGGAAAAGAAAGUUAGCUAGAUGGAUGAUGUCUGCAGCCUUAAAAAUUUAUGGAUCGACAAGACUGAUUUAUUCUACAGAGCAGCUUAUGUGGCCUUUGUUAGGCUUCUUUAUGAUUAUGCUCGUUUCCCUGAAAUUGAAGCAAUCCUGUGAUGCAAGUCAUGCAUGUACAAUCCAUCAGCAUGCAAUUCUGGUCAGAAUAGUUUAAUCGCUAAGUGCCCUUCCAGCGCAAAUAAUGGGCCAAAGCAGACUUGCCACUGAAAUUCUCAUUCACUGGUUUUCUUUUGUAGAUGCUCUGCCUAAAUACGUAGCUCUCAGUAAAAAGACAAUGUACUUGCUGACACCUGUUCGCCUCUUCUGUCCCUGAUUGUGGCCUCAGUCAGAUGGGAGUCCAGACCAAGUGGGGGACAGGUAGGCAAGAGUUUGGGUUCUGCUAAUGGCGGAGUUUAGCUUCCCUGACACCUUGGAUAGCUGUUUGGGGAGUUCAGGCUGGAGAUUCAUAGGACCUGACUCAGCUUAGACAUCCCCAAACUAAGUCAUAAAUUGGGCUUUAAAAAAUGCCUGAUGGUGCAGGGGAAGCAGUCGUCAUGGGAUAGCUGCGCAACUUAGUCAGGCUAGGGAACUGGUAGCAAAACAGGCUUCUGGUAGUGGAGUUUCUGGGAAAGUCCAAGGUCUGUUGUGAAAAACUGCCUCUUCCCCUUUGACAGCUUUCACAUGCAGAACGUGGGGAGUCUGCUGCCAGAGUCCUACCGUUAUCCUAGCUCCUUACCGGCAGCUUUAGCAAUUCUUCUGGAUAUUGUGGCAAUUAUGAUAAACACAAACGCAAAUUUGCCUUCUCUUCACCUCCAAAUGAAAUGCAGAGACAUUUCCCUGUUUAAUGUUGGAUGCGCAAUGACUGAGGUCAGACCAAGUAUUUUUCCCGCAAAACUGGUUGAUUAUUUUUGGAUUCUUAGCUUAUUGAUCCAGAAGAUUGCUUAGGAGUUGAUUUUAGCAUGUGGCUAUGGUCAAACAAGUGCAGGUGUAACAGUCAAAUUCAGUCCUCACCUGUCCCAGCUGUUGCUUUAAAGGAGUCAGUUGGCUUGGCAGAGUUGCAAUGAUGAUCAGGAUGUCAUGCAAAGCCUGACAGAAAUAAGUAAGGAGCCAGACCACUACCUGUGAUCCUCAAGCAGCAUAAUCACUCUUUUAUGUCUGGCCUGGGUUUGGGUGUACCUGUUCAUCAUUAUCAACAAUCGAGUGCCAGGAAAGAAUAGAACUUCUAUUCUGUCACAUCUUUCUAAACAUGAGGACUGGAAUAGUAGGCCAUGAUCAAAGUUUCAAAGUUAUAUCAGACUUGAUAAAAUAAAUCUCAGCUGCCGUUGGAAUUAGGCCUUAGGGUGGAUUUUAUCAUGGAGGGUGUAGAGAUCUGUUGUCACUGGUUUCUAAUGACAGGCAAAAGAAAGUGUAGUAGAUGGGAUACAUGUGAACUGGCAACCCUUAGAUGGGUAGGUUUCAGGGUAUGAUAGAAGUGAAAGGAGACCACUGCCAGUUCUGUGGACUAGAAAGUUCACACCGACUUGUAAAUAAAUGACUUUCAAAAUCAGGUUGAAUUACUUUUUAAACUGGAGUGCCAAGGUCUGUGAAACACCAUCAGGCAAACUCUGCACAUCUGCAGUUUUGGGAGUGAGUGUGGCAUCGUGGCUGGAGCAUUGAUUGAGAGUCAGGAAAUCCAGGUUCUAGUCUUCACUCAGUGAUGAAGCUCACUGGGAGACUUUGGGUCAGUCGCUGACUCUAAGCCAAACAAGGUUGUUGUUGGGACAAUGAAAUGGAGAGGAGAACCUUAUAAGCUGCCUUGGGUUCCUUGCAAGAGGGGAAAAAGGCAGGGUAUAUUAGUAUUAAUAAUAAAGGAGAGUCUGUCCCUUGGUGCAAGAGGCUAUGAUCAACACAAAUUGGCAUGGUUUCCCACAGUUUAUUUUGCACACCCAAAUUUUCUCCAAAAGGGUUGGAAAUAAAAGGUUAAAGUUGUGAACUGUCUCCAUUCCAGAAGUGUGCCUGGUCUGCCUGCAUCUCACUUUGAAUAUAGGGCAACUAUGAAUGAAGAAAUGGCUGAACAGUACCCAACUGAGAUAACCAAUGUUGCAUCUGCCUCCCUCUGGUGAGGCUUCACUAUGCGAUCGCAAACACACCCACAUGUGGUGAAGAGCAUUUAUUAUCAUCAGUGAGAAUAAUAAAGCACAUGAUGAUGCCUGGGUGUCAAUAAAGAAGACUGACACUGAGCCUAAAUCCCCAUGAUCCCUUACCAUUAGCUAUCUUAGCUAGGGCUGAUGGGAAUUGUAGGCCAAUACAUCUGGAGGGACACAAAUUAUUUGUCCCUGAUUUAAAUGGUACACAUACCUUGCCAUGUGGAAUCCGGAAGUCCUAUGUAAACUGGCCAUAAUUCAGGGGCUCAUUAUAUAUGACCACAAUUAUGACUUUAAUAUUGCAGACAGUUUUUGGCUCCUGUUGAUGUGCACACACUACUGGGUUACUAUUCUUGUUGACAUUCCUUUUGAAUUCAGUGAGACUUCACCUGAAGAACUGCAGAAGCAGAGACAAGUUGUAAAGGGGCAGGGGCAUCAUACAGUUUGUUUAACAACCCUGCAUAUGACUGAUAAAUUUGAGCCUUGCAGCUUUUGGAAUUUUGCCCUCAGUUUGGAAAGCCAACCUUUCUCUGUGUGGUUCUGUAAGCUGUAUCCUGGUCAUUAAUCUAGUUAACUUUCUGCACAAUUUGAAUCACAAGAAGGACACCCUGGCGUCUUGCUGGGACUAAACUUGAUCCAGAAUGUUGCAACAUCAGUACUCCGUGGGAUGGGGAAGAUGAUGAAGGGUGCAAUCCUAUGUGUGUUUAAGCAAACACAAGCCUUACUUAGCAGCUGAGAGUUGUAAGGUUGUCUUCUUGCUAAAUAUGCAUAUGACUGAAUCCUAAGUGCUUUAUAUAUUUUGUCUGAAACAAAUCGUAGCUUUUAAGUAAAAUGAAUGAAAUAAUAAAGUAUUUUAAUUCUGGUUUAA